CCUCUUCCACCACUUUGCCCAUCCCUUCCCCAUUUGCACAUCGUCUCUGACGGACGACGGCUGACGUACACUCAUCUUUCUUUGUAAAGUCGAUAUUGGCUGUUCGUGAUGACUUCUAAGAAACCUGCUUCAACUGCUGGUCCAACCACAACAGAUGCUCCUGCGCCCGGGGCUCAACCUGCUGGGACUCCCGCCAUUAAUGGCGAGGGCGCUGCCCCGGCCGAUAAUUCUGCUACUGCGGAGGCACCUAGUGCUCCAAAGAAGAGAGGCCGUAAACCCGGCUCAAAGAAGGCUGCUGCAGCACAGACUCCCACAGCUGGACGUCGCUCUCAGCGCCUUGCUGAGAAGCCACAACCCGAGAAGAAGCCCGCCCCUACGAGGGGAAGGAAGAGGAAGGCUGCUGAGCCUAGUGAAGAUGCUAAGAAAGAGGACGCUGAGAAGGAGGGUGCCAAAGUAGAUGCUGUCAAGGAGGGUGAGACAGCUAGCGAGGAGCCAGCCGCUAAGAAGGCUAAGCCCUCAUCAAAAGUGUCAAAUAAACCUGCUUCGACGAAUGCUGCUAACAAACCUGCUUCUGUGGCCAAGGCAUCCUCCUCCAAACCACCAUCGAGGACUGCGAAACCAUCCUCUAAGAAGCCCGCCUCUAAGGCGAGUCUAGUUGAAAAUAAGGAAAAUGGACCUGCACCUGCAGUCCAAGCGCAAGCGACUAUCGCUGAAGAGCCCGAAGCCGAGGCUGCUGCUGCUGCCGCUUAAAAGCUCGGGAAAACAAGGUUCAAACUUGUAGUAUCUUGUAUAAGACUGCGCUAUCUUCCCUUGACUUUCGCUUUCUUCAUGGUUCUGACGUAUCUUUCUCACCUCACCUUAUGCGAUCUGUUCUUUACCCGAGAGUUUUUUUUUCUACUCAUCCGCUUUGUGUGUGUAUAACGUCCCCCUUAGCACCUAUGUUCUUCGUUACAGCUUCCACUCUCGUAUGAAUCCGACCAUUCCGGUCAGGUCAAUAGACUGUGACUCGGCAGUGGCUCAGAAUGAUAUGUCCGAGCGCCAUUGAUUGUGCUUUGGCAUAUCAAACCUGAGUGUGGCUUGGUAUCUUCAUCCCUCCCCUUUAAAUUCUCCCAACCCUCCAUUUU